CAAAAAGCGGUCAGAGACCGACAGAAAAUUUCAGUUUAACCGCGAUUGCCAAUCGCUUAAGACGUUUUUGAAAACCAUCAACGGCGUUUCGUGCGCUUCUUGCGUUACAUACAGUCAUUCAAUUUGUCUUUGAAAGUUUAGCUGUGUGCUGAAGUCGGUCUUGAGUCUUGAGUCUGCUUUUCUGCAUUGGCUGUCAAGUUCACAUAUUAACACAGUUCGAAGAAAAAAAAUAGAAUCAAGUCAAUAGCCAAGUUUAAAGCAUUGAAUGCAAUUGCAAUAAUACUUAAGCAAUUAAAUAGCGCAAGUGCAUACUAAUUAAAAAUAUAUUUACGUUUUCAAGUGUGUAGAAACAGUUAACUGUAGCAAGAAGUAUUAGUGAUUUUUUUAGAAUAAACAUUUAUUUGUACCUCAACAACAGUUCCGCGUCUAAUUUGACCGCGUAUAAAAUUAGAUUUUAAUCAUUGCCAAGAUCGUGUGUUCGAAAUGAGUUUGGGCGGUGAAAAAUCGUUCAAAAUGAAACUACGCGACAUGGAAAACGCUUUCAAAUAUCGCCGAAUACCAUACCCGAAACGCUCCAUUGAACUCAUCGCUAUUUUGGCGAUAUCAUGCACAUUUUUCCUUUUCAUGCACACAAAUAAACUUAACAGUCGCCUUAAGGAGAUGGAAAUCAAAUUACAACCAUCGGAAUUCUCAGCACUCGGUUUAACUGGCAAUCAACUCAAUACAAGGGAAUCAUCGAGACGUGACAAUAUCAAUACACUACAUGGCACCUAUCAAUAUCUCAAGAGCACCGGCCAGAUGCAAUCAUUAAACGCACUAGAGCUGAACAACACGAGAAAAGCCGAAUUGGGUAUAGUUUUCUUUAAUCGCGUACCAAAAGUUGGCAGUCAAACAUUUAUGGAACUUUUACGUCGCCUAUCGGAGCGGAAUAAUUUUCAGUUUCAUCGUGAUGCGGUGCAAAAGGUCGAAACCAUACGUCUGGCCGAUGAUCAGCAACAAGAGUUGGCCGAAGUGAUAAGUGAUUUACCCGAACCAUCUGUUUUCAUAAAACACGUAUGCUAUACGAAUUUUACCAAAUACAAUUUGCCCAUGCCGAUUUACGUGAAUGUCGUAAGAGAUCCCAUUGAACGUGUGAUUAGUUGGUUUUACUAUGUACGUGCUCCCUGGUACUUUGUCGAACGUAAAGCUGCAUUUCCCGACUUACCGCUACCGCAUCCAGCAUGGUUGAAAAAAGAUUUCGAGACUUGUGUACUAUCUGGCGAUCAGGAGUGCACUUAUACGCAGGGUGUGACCGUGGAAGGUAUAGGUGAUCAUCGGCGGCAGAGUCUCUUCUUCUGCGGUCAUGCUUAUGAAUGCACCCCCUUUAAUACGAUAGGCGCUUUGGAGCGCGCGAAGUUCGCUGUUGAGAGUCAAUAUGCUGUUGUUGGUGUUCUGGAGGAUAUGAAUACGACUUUAUCUGUAUUUGAGAAAUAUGUACCACGUUUCUUUGAAGGGGUUCGAGAUAUUUACCAAAGUAGCGCCGAGUAUUUAACGAAGAUCAAUAAGAAUAACUUCAAACCGCCAGUGAGUGAGAAGGUGAAAAAUAUUGUGCGACAUAAUUUCACAAACGAAAUCGAAUUCUAUCAGUUCUGCUUACAACGGCUGCACAAACAGUACCUGGCCACGCAUAUACCACAGAAAAUUUUGGCACCUUAAAAAUCGUUCUCGCAUCGGUGGAUUGUUGUUAUUGCAUUGUUGUACAAUAAUUGCUGUGCAUGGCUAAAUGUCAGAUUUCCAGUGAGAUUUCGCAGAUACACAAAGAGCAAAACUUGAUCAACUUAUUUGUACAUAGCUGGAUAAUAAAUUAUAAUUCUUAUUAUUUUGUUUUUAUUUAAUUAACCAGUAUUAUAGUGAUUUUAGUACGAAAUUGCAGUUACAUAUUAUUAAUUUUUGUUGAAAUAAAAACAUGUAUGUCAUAUUAAGUGCACGAACAUAGAUCUUUGGGUAUUUGGCAAAAUAAUUUAUUUAAAUUUUACAAGUUUCUGUUUGAGUACAAAUCAUUUAAUUUUUCAUAGAAACAUUGAAUAUUUAAAGAGAUUUAAGAAAGAUUUACAGCUUGAUUGCAUAAAAGUGUCAAGUCGAGUUAAGUUGUUUUGUCAAACACCCACAGAUAUGUACGUAAAGGAAUCUAAAGCCAACACACACUCAUACAAAUUACUUCCACACACAUACGUAUGUAGUUUUACAUGCAUACACAUAUACAUAACACAUGUACAUAUACAUAUAUAUGCAAGUAAAAUGCAAAAAAAAAUACAAACAAAAUUGAUGCGAAAUUUCUAGUCAAUCACUGAUGAAUGUGUGUAUGUACAAGUGCAUAUAUGUACAUCUAUUGGUACCAAUUGAAAAUACUCGUAAAUGGAUUAGUUGACCAUUUGAAACAUAUAUAUUUAUAUGAGAGAUUUUACUCGAUAGCUUAACUCAUGAAAAGUGCACAGCUUUCAUUACUGUUGUGGUUAAACACAAAUUACAUGCAUAUCUAGAUUUGUGCGGAUUCAAAAGUCAAUAUGUACAUAUGUUCAUGUGUGUGUGUGUAUGAAAAUUAUCUCUGUAAAAGCAAGAAGAAUAAACACUUACAGAUUAUAUUAUUUAGAUUGAGGCUAACACAUAUGCAUGUUUAUCUAUAUAUGUAUGUGUGUAUGAGUGUAAAGUUCAAUUAAGAUAAAGUUAGCAGAACAAUAACUUCAAUUAUUAAAAAAAAAUCAUAAAAUGAAAAUUAUGCCGAAAAGUGCAUUCAGAAUAUAUUUCGAGAGUAAAUAUUUUAUUUUCCUUUACGCAAAUAAAAAUUGUUUUAACGCACAAACUAUUUAAAAUUAUUACUACAAGUAUACAUAUAUCAUAAAAUUACGAAAAAUCAUUAAAAACCACUUAUAUACUCAACAAGACUUUGUCUUGCAACACGUAGUGUGUGUGCGUUACAUUAAUUUAUAUUAUUUACUAUUAUUUAUGUAAUUAUUUCCAGCUAAAAUAACGAUCAAUACACGUAUUCUUUAAUUUGUUGAGCGCUAUCGGCUGACAUGGCACAUUUGUAAAUUUUGUAUUGUAAUUCCUGCUUCUUUAUGUUACUUAAUAAUCAAAUUAAUUAAAUGCUGUUAUAUUAUUGUAUUUUAAA